UCAACCAUGGAAUACUAUUGAAACACGGGGGUGGGUUGAGACGGAUCGUCACACCGUUUGCGCCUCGCGAAAAAGCUUGAACAGAUAUACACAGCACGACCAUGAGGUUGCCACGCGCGCAACCUGCCAUCCGCUCCAGCCAACCCCCCUUUUUCCUUUGCCUUGCUCAGAUUUACCCGCGAAAAAACAACAACUCCGCCUGCUUGCCUGCUUACUUGCUGGCUGGCUUCUAUCAAAUCUUCUCCUCUCUCUCUCUCUUCCUUGCUUUUCCAGUCCCCCCACCCCCUCACUCUUCUCCCCCCCUUUUUUCCUCUCUUGUCAUCGCUUCGUCAGCUCCGACAUCCCUUCCUUCCGUUUUCUUUACUUUUGUCUUCUUAGCUGCUUCUAGCUGAUAUGUACACCCCUCCGAAUACAGAUAUGGGUUCGUUGGUUUCGGGGGAAACAAGAUUGCGUGUACACGUUGUCAUUGUUCCAACAAUAACUCAGCCUCCCCCCGGAAGAUAUCACAGCCGGGGGGAAGGGGAUGGGGAUGGGGGAUCGAAGCCGGAGAGACCGAGUGACGUAAGUUCGAGCUUGAAUAAAGCUGUGCAGCGCGCGGCAAUGACUGGCUGGCUGUGUUUUGGGUGCAAGAGGGGGGAAUGGAAAGAGAAAGAGGAUCACGGCGGAUCCGAAUCCCGCGCCUCCAAUCACCUCAAAAUAUCAUCCAUGGUGUCUUAAUCAUUGCAUUGUUAUGUUCUUCCACCCCUCAUCUCCCGUCUCCUUCAUAUUUCCCCAGCACCAACUCAGAAGUAAGAGCUUCUGUAUUAUAAAGAGAAAGCUCUUUCAUCGCCACAUUAAACAACCAUCGUGCCUUGAGUGCAUCUACAUAUUAUCAUCUUCUACCUGUAAAGAAAAAAAAAACGCUUCAAUCCAAUCCCAUCUCAUCCAUCGCCGCAUCAUCAUCAAAAUCUUGCAUCAAAACCACCCACCAAACACCCUCAUUCCAUGCCCUCCCAAUCUUUCUCCAUUAUCUCCUCACUUCCUCGUUUCCCGCAUACCUGAUAUUCUCGACCUCAAUCGCGCAUCUGUAUCUGCAUUUACCUUCCCCCUCCCCAUUUCCCCUUUCUUACAGCAAUUCCCGUUCCCUAUCCCGUCCCCUACCCUUCCUAAUCUCCCAUCCUCACCCACUUCCCCACUCACCGAUCACUCUUCUCUGUCUGUCUGACACAACAUCAUGCAAACAUUAGCACCAAGCUCCAUCCAAAACCAUUGUCCAAACCCGCAUUCAUUCCAAAGUGAUUUGCUUCUUCUUCUUCUGCUUCUUCUCGACCGCUUAAUGGUCUCUUCUUUUCCCUUUCGCCUGGGGAGGGGGAAGGGCUCUGUGGACGUGAACAUGGAAUAGGGAGCGAGGUUUUGAUUGAUUGAUUGAUGCAUGCGGAGGGGAAGGAGGCUGAAACGUGUAUGAUGCCGCUCCUGCUGCUGCUCCUGCUGCUGUUGUUGAUGUUGUUACGUCGGUUUCUUUGGGUCCAUG